UUCUUUUUAAAUAAUAUCGAUGCAUACUAUUUGGUCAAUGUUUUGUGUUUAUAUUAAAUAAUAGGAGUUCGUCAAAUUUAAAUAACAAUGGAUCACAGUGAUGCUGUAAAAAGGAUUCAAAAUCCGAGAGAAAAUGCAAAUCCAUUAUCCUUAAUUACAUUUUUAUACACAAGACGAUUGUUCGUCAGAGGAUUCAAAAAAGACUUGGAAGACGACGAUUUAUACGAGGUAAUCAGUUCUUGCCGUUCCAAAAGGUGCGCUGAUAAGCUGGAACAUGCCUACGAAAUUGAAACCAAGAAAAAGGAACCAUCGGUGAUAAGGAUAUUGUGGCAUUGUUAUGGUCUGGUAUACGUAGUUUUGGGGAUAUUCAAUUUAUCUUUUAAACUGUUAACAAGCACUUUGGAACCAGACGCCAUAGCACAUCUCGUUGGUUAUUUCAAACCAGGACAAACCAAAAUGACGUUAAACGACGCCUUGUAUUAUUCCAGUGUUUUAAUUGUAUUAAAAUUGAUCCACACUGCAUAUCACCCGAAUUACUCGUUGUAUCUAGCGCAGUUGUCCAUUCAAAUUAGAACGUCGUUCUGCUCUCUGAUAUACAGGAAAGCCUUGAAAUUGAGUCCAAAGGCACUCGAAAAAACUAGUUUAGGAAACAUCAUAACUAUAAUUAGUAAAGACGUAUCGAUGUUUGAAGGCGCUAUAAUGCUAUUUAACGACCUGUGGAUCGGAGUUGUGCAAACUUUCUAUAUUUGCUACCUAAUUUAUGCCAAAGUUGGAAUUUCGUCCACACUGGGAGUGCUAAUAUUAGCAUCAGCAAUACCAAUACAAUUUUACAUAUCGAAAAUUAUAGCAAACUUGCGUUUGAAAAUUAACAAAAAAACUGACGUACGGUUGCAAGAAAGUCAAGAAGCCCUAUCGACCAUAAAAAUUAUAAAAAUGUAUACGUGGGAAAUGAUUUUUACUAAUCGUAUUAGUGAAACUAGAAGAAAAGAGGUCAACACAAUGAUGCUCAAAUCCAUUACAAGACUCGGCUUGAUAGUAACAAGCGACUUUUUGGGUAAAGUCGGUUUCUACGUCAUAGUAAUGUUCUACAUCUAUCUCAAUUCGAGCGUAGACGCAGAAUCAAUCUUUUACAUAAUGAAACUGUACGCCACAUUAAAAGGAACAAUUUCUAUGAUGUUCACAUUCGGAUUAACAUUAAUUGCUGAGUUAUCAGCUUCUUUAUCUAGGAUAAAUACAGUUCUAAUGCUAGAAGAACUUCCUGACCACAUGGAUAAACCUGAUGACGAACCACAAAUCGAUAUUAGAGAUGCAUCAGUCAACCUAAAAGACGUAGAUGUCCUAAAACAUAUCUCGUUUAAACUAAAAGCUGGUUUAAACGUUAUUACAGGACAGCUUGGAUGUGGAAAAACCUCGCUGAUAAAGUUGAUUUUGAGAGAUUUACCAGCUGACUCUGGUGAUAUUCGGACGAGAGGUAGAAUGAGUUAUGCCUCGCAGGAUCCUUGGUUGUUUCCUGCUACUAUCAAGCAGAAUAUUCUCUUUGGGGAAAAGUACGAGUACGAAAGGUAUAACAAAGUCCUUGAAGCUUGCGCGCUUACCUACGACUUAGGAAUCUUAGAAAAAGGCGACGAAACCAUAGUACAAGACAGAGGCAUGAACCUUAGUAAAGGUCAGCAAGCGAGAGUCAACCUCGCAAGAGCCGUCUACAAAGAGAGCGAUAUCUAUCUUUUAGACGACGCACUGACUGCUUUAGAUUCAAAAGUGCAGGAACACAUUUUCAGAGAAUGUAUAGAAAAGUUUCUGAAGGGAAAAUUAAUUAUAUUAGUGACUCAUAACAGUAGACACAUCAACAGAUCUGAAAAGGUGAUUAUACUUCAAAAAGGAUGCGUUAAUUAUUUUGGAAAGCAUCAAGAUUUGUCCCACGAUAUAUUACAAGCACUUGAAGAAGAAGGUCAUGAACACGAACAGCCACCACCGACGCCAUUAUUUGAAGAUAAAUCAAAGGAAAUAACCGAGGAAACUAUCGCUGAGCAUACUAAAUUAUUAAAACCUCCACCUGUUAUUAAACAUAAACAAAUUUAUCACGAGGUUAAAAAGUCUGGUGGUGUUGCUUUCGAUGUGUACGCCAGUUAUGUCAGAUAUGGAGGUGGACUGCUUGUGCUGCUCAUAAUGAUUUCUUUGUAUUUCUGCUCUACUUUUUCUGAAAGUUCUUCGCAAGUGAUGUUAACAAAUUGGGUAAAUCACGAAUCCAAACUAUCAGCUUUGAGAGAAAAACAUUUCGGAAACUCAACGGUCGAUAUCGACAAACUAAUGGCCAUUUAUUUUCCCACAAACUCCACAAACAUAACCGAAAUCGAAACCGAUAACGGCAAAUCUGACAUGUUGUCCAACGUUGACACAGUCCAUCCAAAUCUACCAAAUCCGAUUCACGGUCCAUCGCGAACGAUUCCUUUAAUUCCAGCCAGACCGACGUCAUUUUUAAACGACAGUUUAUACAUGCCUGUAGAUUUUUCAUCUUUAACAGAAGAACAGAAUAAAACUUACCACCUCCUUUUGGAAAUGGGAAUAAUUGAACUACAAGCUACUAAGUCUUUAAAUUUGUAUACUAUAGCUUUAAUAGCUUCGAUUGUGUUUGAGUUCGUGAAGAACUAUAUGGUUUUUAAUUUCGGUACUAAAGCUUCAAUUAAUCUGCACAAAGCUAUGAUAAAAAGUAUAGUUUUUGCGAAGAUGUCGUUUUUUGAUACAUUCUUCGUUGGGAAUAUUUUGAAUAGAUUCUCGCAGGAUUUGAGCAUUGUAGAUGAAUAUUUACCUAUUAUUAUCACCACGCUUAUUGGGGCUGGUUUUGGAGUUGUUGGAAUUGUUGGUAUGAUGGCUCACGUCAACUUGAAAUUUCUAGCACCAGCUUUAGCAGUAUUAGUUCUUUUAAUACUGAUGCGUUUUAUUUACAUGCCCACAGCUAGAAGUUUAAAACGUCUAGAAGCUGCAACACGAAGUCCAAUUAUUGGCCACCUAAAUUCUUCAAUGGAAGGACUAACGACAGUCAGAGCUUAUAAGGCUCAAGAAAUUCUCAGAAAUGAAUUUGACAAACAUCAAGAUGUUUACACUAGCGCUAGAUACACUUCCUUGUGUGCUAGAAAUGCUUUUAGUUUCUACAUGGAUUUUUCUGCAGUUUUACUUAAUAUAUUUAUCAUUGGGAGAUUUCUGUUUUUUGAUACUGAUACCUUAGCUGGAGACGUCGGUCUAACACUAACCCAAGCUAGUGCUUUAACCAUGGUACUCCAAUUCGCUCUCAUGCAAUGGUCGGAAGCUGAAAACCUGAUGACUUCAGUCGAGAGAGUGAUGGAAUACACAAAAGUCGAACCAGAAAGAACCGAUGGCCAAGAAACUCCGAACUGGCCGAACAAAGGCGAAAUCCUCUACAAAGGAGUAUCAUUAACUUACACAAAUUCCACCGAAAAAGUUUUAAAAGAUAUAAAUUUCAAAGCUGAAUCAAACGAAAAAAUUGGAAUAGUAGGUAGGACUGGUGCUGGAAAAUCAUCGAUUAUAUCAACGUUAUUCAGAUUAUACGACCACGAAGGUACCAUUACCAUCGAUGGGAUUGAUACGAGGACUCUUUCGUUGAAAUAUCUUAGACAGCAUAUUUCCAUCAUCCCUCAAGAUCCAAUAAUGUUCUCUGGUACUAUAAGAACGAACAUAGAUCCGUUAAAAGAGUUUACAGAUGAAGAAAUAUGGAGGGUUCUUCAUAAAGUUAAUUUGGAUAAUAAAGUUGCAAACUUAGAAUGCGUUUGUGAAGACACAAACUUCAGUUCGGGCGAGCGACAACUGUUGUCUUUAUCAAGAGCCAUCAUUCGCAGAAAUAAAAUCGUAGUCCUAGAUGAAGCUACCGCGAAUAUGGAUCCAGAAACGGAGCAAAUGGUGCAAAAAGCAAUUGAUUCCAACUUUUCGACUUGUACAGUAUUCAUCAUAGCUCACAGAAUUGAUUGCAUCUUGAAUUGUAACAAAGUUAUGGUUUUGAAUAGAGGAGAGAUUAUGGAGUUUGAUGAUCCAAAAACAUUGUUGUUGGAUAAGAAUAGUAUGUUUUCUAAGAUAGUUAAAGUUGCUGGAACAAUGGGAAAUUGAUGGUUGAAGAUAUUGUGACAAUCUUUAAAAGAAAUCAAUAAAGACAAUUAAUAAUGUUCUAUCAAUUUUUUCAGAUUUAAUGAUUAAGUGCUGAAUGUGGAAGUUUGUAUUAAAAUAAUGCUAGAAUAAAUAUUUGUUAUAAUAUACAUAAUUUUGUAUCAAAACUAUAUAGAACAGUGUUCAACGACUAACAACUACUAGACAAAACUUUAAUUUGGACGUACGAGUAAAAUGCAUUAGUUAAUUUAGACAAUUGAUUUAAACUCAAGAUUUAAUUUAGAUACUGAAUUUAGACGCCUGAUAAAGUUUUGAGGCACGUCGAAGACUUACAAUCUAAUUAAGAGAUACACGACUUAAACGCUUAACUAAGACGUACGACUGUAACGCAUUAGAGACGAACAAAGGGAUGUACGACUGAGACGCUAAAUAAAACGCACGUCUGAGACGCACGUGUUAGACGCACGACUGAGACGCAUGACUGAUAUGCGCGAUUUAAACGUACGACUGAGGUGAGCGACUGAGACGCACGACUGAGACGCAUGUCUAAGACGCACAACUGAGACGCACGACUAAGACGCACGACUAAUAUGUGCUACUGAGAAAUAUAACUGAAGAUUGUGACUGAGACGCUUGACAAAGACGCAUGAUAAACACUUAUGACAAAGACGCAUGAGAAAGACGCAUGUCUAAGACGCACGAUUCAGACGAAAGAUUCAAUUUGGACGCACAAUUCAAUUAAAAUGCAUGAUUAAGAUAAAUGAUUAAGAUGUACCAUUCAAUUUAGAUGCACGAUUAGGAUGUGCUAUUUAAAUUAGACGCACGAUUUAGAUGUUCCAGUCAUUUUAGGUGUACGACUUAGACGCACCAUUUAAAUUAGACGCACAAUUAAACUUAGACUCACGAUUUAUUUUGGACGCAAGAAUAAGAUACAAAAUUUAGACUCACGAUUCAAUUUAGAAGCAUAAUUUAGACGCACGAUUCAAUUUAGACAUUCGAUUCAAAUUAGACGCACGACUAAGCAG